AUGACUGACUUCUUCGGGCUCGGCGACUCAAAUUCAGAUUCGUCAGACUCGGAAACUGAGCAGCAGCCAGAAAAGGCUCAAUUCAAAAAGCCUGAGAAGCCAAAAGAUGAGAGCAAAUCCUCCCUUCCUCCUCCAGAAGAGAUGCUGCUGACGAAAACUCGUUCGGAUUUCUUCAAGACGUCGGAUGACGCGCUUGGAGUCAAUUGGAAUAAUGAUUCUCUUCUGUUCUCGGCGCCACGGCCGCCCUCGCCAGACCCGGCUGAAGCUUGGAAGGCGUGGAAAAACGAUCUCAAACCGAUUGAUGCGGCAGAUGAUGACGAGAAGUUCUUCCAGGAAGGCAAUAAAGCUUCCUCGAUGCGGGGCAAAACUGUUCGACCAGCGCAUGUGCAGGAUAUGGCUGUUGGUUGGAGCCGCCAGUUUAGCCACGGCGAAAUGGAACAGGCCAUACACAAAACAACAAUCCGUGAGAUGCCAAUUGAAACAACGCAAGAUGAGCGCAAAAUCAAAAUCCCGAAAAAGAGGCCAGUUCAAGAAGCUCCAAAACAGAUGCCGGAGGGGGCGAAGGGGCCGAAGUUCACGAAGAAAGCGACUCAACAGGAGCUCAAAAGCAGGGCUGCUCAAAGAUACGGAAAUGUCACAGAUUGGUAA